CCGGAAAUCCAAGCGAUGCAUCCCUCUACCUUUCUCCCCCCGGAGGAUUCUAUGCGCCUCCACGGCCUAACGUCGGUCCCGUCUCGCGAUGUUUCGGGGCGGGAGUCUCGUGAGAGGCCCGUCAAGGUGCGCAUGCGCGUGAGCGAGCGGUCGCUGUGGAGGCGAGGGCCGCCGCUGAUGGCGAGCCGCCGCUUUUCCCCGGCUGGCUUCCUCAGGCGGCAGCGGUGCCGGCGCCAACGACGCCAGCGGCGGCGGGCGGCGGCGGCCCUGCGGCUCCAGCCUUUCCCGCUGGCGAAGGAGCCCUCCAAGGCCGGCGCCCCGAGACGCUGCUCCGACGGGCUCUGCCCCGCGCUGCCGGCGCCGCAGGAAUCCUCGGCCGGGAGGGCGGUGACGGCAGCGGAGGUCAAGGAAGGCGGCGCCGUGCUGCUUUUGCCUCGGGGCCAGACACUGACGUUCACUGGCAAGUGUUGUCUGACGUGCCUGUAUGGCUCUGUGCAGGUGUUUGGGUUCAACGUUGUUCCAGAUCAGCCCCCGUAUCAUCUCUUUUCACCCUACUCCCACUGUGCCCUCACUAUUGAAGCUGUAGCCUAUAAAGAGCCAGAAAAAUCUGGGAAAGAGAUGAAAACAGAAGCAAAGUCCAUUCUCAGAGCACAUCUUGUGCCCCGAAAUGCAAGAUGCACACUGAUGAAAAACUUUGUUCCCCAGUGUUCCAUGGUUUUGUUGGAACAUCUGGACACUCCAGUGACAAGGUUCAUUCACAGCCACUCAAGUUUCUCCCAUAUUUUCAGAGCAAAGAGACAAAAGGCUCCCAGUUUCACUCCAGAGGAUGCGGUGCUUGCUUCUACUGGCACUGGGAAGCAGGAUCCAAGGAGUGGCCUGCUGACAUCGGAGAGUACACUUUCAGCAAUCGAGGAGUUAGUCCAAGCAUGCCAGGAGGAGGAUGAAGGCUGUCCUAUUGUCCUAGUGUGUGGCUCCAAAAGUGUUGGCAAGUCAACUUUUAAUAGAUACCUGAUUAAUCUUCUGCUGAACCGCCUGCCGUGCAUUGAAUUUUUGGAAUGUGAUCUGGGACAAACAGAGUUCACGCCCCCUGGGUGUGUUUCCCUAAUUAAUGUGACAGAGCCACUUCUGGGUCCCCCAUUCACUCACCAGCGUACACCACGGAAAAUGGUAUACUUUGGAGAAACCAGUUGUGAGCAGGAUACCGAAAGAUACAUUGAGACGCUGAAAUAUGUGUUCAGUGCCUAUGAGAGAGAUGUUCCCCUGGUUGUCAACACAAUGGGAUGGGUGAAAGGUACUGGGUUGCUGCUUUUGAUUGACAUUCUUCGACUGCUGGCGCCUAGUCAUGUAGUUCAGAUCAGUGCAGAAGACUUCAAGGACAUGCCGCGGCUAUCCCAGGAGUAUAUCCGUAGCGCUGCUGGCCUACAUACGAGAGGCAAAGUGCCCCUCCGAUGCAAGAGCCUGAAUGGGACAGAGGACUCAGAGCAGUGCGGAGCCAAAGGAGGCUUCCACAGUCCACGUCUUGGCCAUAAGUUGCUCUGUGUCCAGCCAGAGUUCCCCGGAGCCGGGAAUGCUGGCACUGGGCGAACCCAUAGCAGUGUCCUACGAGACAUGGCAGUCUUGGGCUACUUGGGCCAGUUGCAGCCCCCAGACGUGGAAUCUGGGCUUCCUCUACACAGUCUGGUGCCCUAUCAGGUACCCUUCAAUGCUGUUGCCCUCAGAGUUAUUCAUGCAGACGUUGCUCCUGCCCACAUCUUGUAUUCUGUCAAUGCCAGCUGGGUUGGCCUCUGCCAGGUACCAGAUGAGGUUCCAUGUAGAGCUGAUGGGCCAGUUUUGUUGACGCAGACUCCCAUCUGCAAUUGCCUGGGCUUUGGAAUUGUCCGUGGGGUGGACACAGACAAGAAGCUUUACUACAUUCUGACUCCAGUAGCUCCGGAGAAUUUGCGACUAGUGAAUUGUUUGCUGAUUGGAAAUAUCACUGUUCCUAAUUGCGUCUUCCUGAACCAAACGGGGAUUGAAGGGGAGAUGCCCUAUGUCACGUCGGAGUAUAACUAUGACAUUUCAGGCGCUGGGAAACUGAAACGGAAGAAGCACCUCAGGAGGAGAGAGCAUAACUGGCCAUGAGCUCUAUUUUACAUCCUCUGCAGUAACUGAUCAGUUCAGAGGACGUGGCGUGCUCUCCGGGGAGAGCAGUUACAGUAUUCAUGAUUGAUAGUGUAAUACUUAUCCGCAGUCAUGCUUUUGUUUAUAUUUGUGUAUUUUCUUUAUGACUUGAAACAUUAAACAUUUGGCAUAAAAUG